AUGAGGCUGCUCCUGAUCAUUCUGCCAUCGCUUUUCUACGCUGCUACAAAGCCUCCUCUGGUCCACUCCCAGCGGUACGGGCACGCGUGUCCCUUGGGGCAGUUUCCCUGCGGCAACCUCUCCGUCUGCCUGCCCCAGGCCCUGCACUGCAACGGGGAGGACGACUGCGACAACGGAGCCGACGAGGAGAACUGCGUGGAUGACAGCGGCUGGCUGCAGAUCUUGGGUGACAUGCUGGCUGCGAGGAGCAGCCGGGUGGCGGUGGAAGACGAGGGUGACGCCUGCUGGCUGGAGGUCUUCCCAGAGCAGUGCCGGUGCUGGGGAAGGGCUGUAGACUGCACCGAGCGGGACCUCGCCACUGUCCCCUGGGUCUCCUCCAACGUGACCAGGAUGGACCUGAAGAAAAAUAAAAUCCCUUCUCUGCUGGACAAUGAGUUUGGCAGGUACAGGAGUCUGAAGAAGCUGUUUUUGCAAAACAACAAGAUCCGGUUGAUCUCACCCAAAGCCUUUGCUGGACUUUCUCAGCUUAAAAUGUUGUUCCUCAGCCACAACAGGAUCACGCAGCUGAAGCCCCGGGUUUUUGAGGACCUGCAUCACCUCGAGUGGCUGAUGCUGGACAACAACAGGAUUGCCACGAUCGUCCCCGCAACAUUUGCAGAGCUGAAGUCUCUGUAUUUCCUGUACAUGCUGAACAACUCUUUGACUCAAAUACCCAACGCCUCCCUCUGCACAGAAAUGCCGAAGCUCAGCUGGCUGGAGCUGGAAGGGAACAGGAUCCGGGCGGUGCACAGGGCUGUCUUCCAGGAGUGCCACCACUUCACGGUGCUGAUCCUGCGCAGAAACAAACUCAGGUGGAUCCAAGAUGGGACAUUUUCCCGGCUGAACAGGCUGGUGGAGCUCGACCUGUCGUCCAACAGACUAGACCAGCUCCCCUCCUCUCUAUUUAAUGGACUGGCUCAGCUCCAGCAGCUGAAUAUUUCCUACAAUCCCUUGAAAGAGAUCUUCCCCGGCCAGUUUGAGAGCCUGCCCCAGCUACGGUCUCUGAGCUUGGAAGGGCUGGAGAUCCCCAACAUCCACAACCUGACCUUCCAGAAGCUGACCAACCUCUCCCACAUCUACUUCAAGAAGUUCCAGUAUUGCCGCUAUGCACCCCACGUGCGCAGCUGCAAGCCCAACACCGACGGCAUCUCCUCCUUUGAGAACCUCCUGGCCAACGUCAUCCUGCGCGUCUUCGUCUGGGUCAUCGCCUGCCUCACCUGCUUCGGCAACCUCUUCGUCAUCUGCAUGCGGUCCUUCAUCGUCACGGAGAACAGCCAGCACACCAUGGCCAUCAAGUCCCUGUGCUGUGCAGAUGGCCUGAUGGGCAUCUACCUCUUCGUCAUCGGAGCCUUUGACCUCAAGUACUCGGGCGAAUUCAACAAGCACGCCCAGGGCUGGAUGGGCAGCCUCCAGUGCCAGCUGGUGGGCAGCCUGGCCAUGCUGUCCUCUGAGGUGUCAGUCCUGCUGCUGACCUACAUGACCCUGGAGAAAUACUUCUCUAUUGCUUUCCCGUUCAGCCACCACAGAGCCGGCAAGAAGCAGACCAUCUCGGUGCUAGCAGCCAUCUGGCUUCUGGGCUUCUCCCUCAGCAUCAUCCCCCUAUGGUGUAAGGAGUCCUUUGGGAACUACUACGGGAGGAACGGGGUGUGCUUCCCGUUGCAGUCCGACCUGGGUGAGCGGCCCAGUGCCCGGGGCUACUCCGCCACCAUCUACCUGGGCUUGAAUCUCGCAGCCUUCAUCACCAUCGUCUUUGCUUACUCCGGCAUGUUUUACUCCAUCCACAUCACUGCGUCCAAAACAGCGGAGAGAGGCGUCUGCUCCCGGGAAGUCACCAUCGCAAAGCGGUUCUUCUUCAUCGUCUUCACUGAUGCUCUCUGCUGGAUACCCAUCUUCCUCCUCAAGCUGCUCUCCCUGCUGCAGGUGGAAAUACCAGGCACCAUCACCUCUUGGGUGGUCAUCUUCAUCCUGCCCAUCAACAGCGCCCUGAAUCCCAUCCUCUACACCAUCACCACCGCCUCCUUCCAGGAGAAGGUGAAGGGCUGUUUGCAGACCAAGCAGCUGGAGCUGCACGAGUCCCACAAGAGCUUUGCCCUGGUGACACUGCAGGGCAGCAGCGCCUGA